AUGACCUCCAGUAAUGUUUCUGUUGAGUUACUAUUCGCCAGUCAGCCAGUUGGUGAUGUUAUUUACAUUCGGAGGAUAAUUUGUCAAAAUGACUGCGGAACGAGAUCAGUGCCUCGCUGAUUAUCGGAGAAGAUUAAUUGAGCAUAGGGAAGUGGAUUCCAAGCUUAGAAAAUUUCGGGAAGAGAAGAAGGAAUUAGACAAGCAAUAUGAUAAAAGUGAAAAUGAUUUAAAAGCCCUCCAAAGUGUAGGGCAAAUUGUAGGAGAAGUUCUCAAGCAGCUGACUGAAGAAAAAUUCAUUGUAAAGGCAACUAAUGGCCCUAGAUAUGUUGUUGGUUGCAGGCGACAGCUUGACAAGGCCAAACUUAAGUCAGGAACUCGUGUGGCACUGGACAUGACAACUCUCACAAUCAUGAGGUAUUUACCCCGUGAAGUUGAUCCAUUAGUUUACAACAUGAGCCAUGAAGAUCCUGGUGAUGUUACCUAUAAUCAGAUUGGUGGUUUAGCAGAGCAGAUUCGUGAAUUAAGAGAGGAUAUUUAG